AAUCUGACCUGUCAACCUGCCCAUCACCAGAUACGCCCGUUUGCGACAGCUCCCGCCAUCGUCACGCUCGCAACAACCACAUCACUCAAACUCUGCCGCCUGUUCCUUCGGUCACAAUGGACAAGUCCGAGUCGCGCCCAUUGGCCCUCGACACAGUCUCAGUCGCCUCAUGGCCCUAUUCGCCGUUGAACCUGCGCCACCUCAAGCAGCCCGUCCCGAAUGACCUGCCGCCGCAAUGCGACCCGUCCGUCUUCACCUUUGAGGACGCCUUUGAGGACCUGCUCGCCGUCUCGCAGGGGCGGCCCCUGCCUGACAUCAAGGACAGGUACAACCAGCGGCAGCUACUACGACAGAUGUUCUCCAAAGGCGAACCCACCUGGUUCUGGCUUCGACGGCUAGAAUCCCAAGGCCUGCUUCGCCGGCCCACGCGAGAUGAGCUCUACAGACCGCGAAACUUUGGUCUGCUGGAAGGUGAUGGCGACGAUGAAGCCUCUGCCGAGUGGGGGCUGUUUAGGGCGGGCUGGAGUGACUGGGCCAGGCUUCAUGAGGAGCUCGAUCGCAAGGCAGCCGAGGUUUGGAACCGCGCUGCCGCAAGUGAAAAGGCCGGCAACGGAUUCUUUGACGAGGUGCACCAGGUAUUUAAGCAGCUCGAGGAUAGCUUCCACGGUCGCGAAAAUAGGCCGCACAAGGACGAUCAUCAAGGCUCGCACCAGAAGAGCCUCCCCGAUCACUUUGACGAUUGGUUCUCUUCGCUCAGUUCGAGCUUUGCAGAGGGCCACAAGACGUGGGAUGCAUUCGUCAAGAGCAUCGCAGAGAGUACCACCAAGACUGACAACAAGCCCGUAUCCACUGAUAGCAGAGAGGUAGCUUCUCUGCCGCCCAGCACAAGCGAAGAAAAGGUAUACGACAAUGGCAUCAAAGAGGUCGUCACGAGGGACGAAAAGGUCAACAGUUUUGGUUACCUGACCACGACGGUCACGAAGAAGACAUACGACAAGAAUGGCAACGAAAUCAGCACGGAAACGCACUUUUCCAUGCGUCCCGCCGACAGGUCGCACAGAGUCGACGCCAGAGGGAACAGCGAGGCCAAUGUCAUUGAGCGAGCGGACACAGAUGCGGAUGACCAACAGACACAGGAUAAGAAGUCGGGAUGGUUUUGGAAAUAA